AUGCCGUGCAGAAAAGUAAAAGUCAGCCAAUCAGAUGUGGAAGACGAACGAAGACCUAGUCGUGGAAUAAUGGACAUUUUUCGUCGUAAAUCUAGAGAUGAAAGAGAAGCCGAAAAGAUCAAAUUGACCAAUGUAGAAAAGACCGACAAAUCUGAGAAGAAGAAGAAAAGAAGAGAAAGAGAUCGUAAGGAUGGAGAGAGUGACAAGGAUGGAGAGAAGAAUAGAGAGGAAGGAACGGAGAAACUGGAGGAGAAGGAAGUCCCUGAAGGUAAGAAGAAAGAGAAGAAAGAAAAGAAGGAGAAGGAGAAGGAGAAGAAGGGGGGGGAGAAGAAGCAGACGAGUAAGUCAGAUUCAGACGAAAGUGACAAAGAAUCUGUACCCGAAGUCGUGGCCGAUGAUGUUAAGAAGAAAGAGAAGAAGGAGAAGAAGAAGGAGGAGAAGAAGAAGAAUAAA